GCCAAAAGGAACUCUCAUCAUCAUCAUUAAGUGUCGACAAUAAUUUCCAUAAUUAUUUAUUUUCGCUUUUAAAACUUUUUUUGAAAGGAUUUUCGCUUUUUAAAACUUUAUUGAUCAAAUUGUUAAUAGAAUUUAUUAAAGAUUUCAAGAAUUGCGGACGUCUCUCCCUAGGGUUCUAGGGUUAGAGUUUUGCUGCGCCGAUUCUUUCCCCGUUCGUCGGGGGGAGGGAUCGAUCUGCAGAGUAUUGAUUUCGUCUUUGGCUUUGUAAUCGGAAGGGAGGCAGGGCUCGGUCUCCAGAUUUGGACUUGGAUUAGGAAGGGAGAAGGUCUCACUUUGGGGAGGUCUGCGAUGUUCUUGUUCCUUGUUCUCACUCUGAGUUUCGCCCCACAAGAGUUUCGACGAGUAGGGGGUAGCAGGGCUCGGGCAGAUUUGGAUCGCUGCUUUUGCUCGGGAGCCAAGAAGAUGUCAUUGGAAUUUGUGAAGGUGGGCUUGCAAGGAAGUUUUCAAGAUGCAGGUUUCAUGGCACAUCCCCCUUCUGAGCCACCGCCGAGGAUGAUGGUUGAAGUAUGGUUCCUGUUGCUGUGUCAGUUAAUUUUAUUUAAUUUCGUUUCACCCUUUUUGAGUUUCUUAGUCAUGAAUAUUGUCGCUGUAGUUUUCUGCAAUUUUUAUUUCAGUCAGACUCUUACAUUAGGUGGGGGUGAUGGGGGUUUUGCUCUGGCCACGUUUGGCUCAAUUAGACCCGCUACAGGAUCAACGAAUCAUAUUGCUUUUUCUAAGGUGAUUGAUUCUCCAGCUGGUUCGAGGGUUGGUGGCUGGAAGUAUUUCCUUUAUCUAUUAUGUCCCUUGCUGAAUGUUUUAUUAUCAAUAUAAGCCUCCCCGUUACAAAAAAAAAACUUUUUUUGAUCAUUAAAAUAUGUCUCUAUUCAUAUCAAAA